CCCAAAUAAAUGUUACAAAACAGACAGAAGCCCGGAUGACAGCAGAUGUUUAUACAACGUUAUAUAUCUACGCCUGUUGCCACAGCUUCCAAGGCCGUGCGUUGUGGAUAGAGGCAGACAUGAAUCCGCUCGUUGUCUCUCUGCUCCUUCUCCCCUUCCUUUCAUCGACACAUUGUGGACGGUUCUAUUCUUUAUGCGACAAAAAGCCAAAGGACCAAAGUUUUUAUAACUUGCAAACUGUGGAUUUGGAUGGAAGCAAUCGAACGCUGCACCAUUUCGCCGGGAAUGUAACUUUGGUUGUUAAUCUAGCAACAUUCUGAGGUUUCACCUACCAGUACCAUCAACUGAAUGCAUACGUGGGUGAGGACAGUCACCUGAGGGUGAUGGGAUUCCCCUGUAAUCAGUUCGGCCACCAGGAACCGGCUGACAAUGCGACGGAGCUUUUUAACGGUCUGAAGUACGUUCGGCCCGGUAGUGGCUUUGUUCCCGCCUUCGACAUUAUGGGAAUAGGCGAUGUCAACGGCGAAAAGGAAUCGUUUGUGUACACUUAUCUAAAGGAACGAUGUCGACUUCCCGAUGAAGCCAAAUUUAAUCCACACGAAAGUUUUUGGAAAACAUUCAAGAUCCGAGAUGUCGUCUGGAACUUCGAGAAGUUCCUUGUUGACAGUAAUGGCGUCCCAGUGCUCCGAUUUCUGUCGACCGUGGAACCAAUGGACAUCUUAAAAAUUUCGAAACUGCUUCUUAAUGACCCAUCCUGUAACUCAUGUCUGGAAACCGAGUUGAAGAUUCUUGAAUCAAAGUAUCCUAAAAAAUGACGUCCACCCUAUCUGUGUCCGAAUCCAACAACCUCUUCGGGGAAAAGGAUUUUCUUCAGUCUGAAAUAUUUCUUUGUAUUUGUGUUUUUUCUUGUUAAUUUUAACUUUUUUCAUAUGUAAAAAAUGAUACAAUUUGAAAAAAAAACAAAACAAAAGAAUACAAAUUAACACUCCGGUUUCUGGAAAUGCAAAAUCAUGAUUUUUUAAAAAAAAUUGUUCUACUCAAUCACUCUCUUUCUUUUCAGUGGACCAUACUAAAUUUUUCGAUACAUAUUAUCGAUAUGUGUUAAUCAUGUUGGUACAUUUUCUAACUGCUGUAAACUGACAUAUGACAGGUAUCUUCGAAACUGACCGGAAGUUACUUCGAUGUCGUUCGCCUUCAUUUAUUUAUGCAUUCGUAAAUGUUGGUGACCGGGCUCAGCUUUACACAGUUAGGAAAUUAAAAACAUGGUUCUCAACGAUAGGCAGUCAGCGUCCACUGAAUUACAUCAGCUGUGUUGUAGACUUUAACUGAAUUGUAAUUUAAUAAAAAGGUUACACAUGA